UUUUUAAAUGUAUAUCAUCUAUCAUAGAAUAUAUAAAACAUUAUGCUCCUUGUACAAAUACUUUUAUUGUACUUCCAGUGAAUAUAUCAUAAAAAAGAAGAAACUUAUUGCUGAACUGGAUGAAUAUGACUUCUUUAAUAAAAAAAUGACCAGGUUUGAAGAAUAUAUGGCAACAAGGGACGUGUGGGACAAUCCAUAUCUUCACAAUGUUGUAUCCAUGGUACUUGAAAAAUAUGAUGAAAAAGGAGAAUUAACAACAAUUAAUGAAAAUUCACUUACUCGUGCAGAAAUUAAAGGAGAGAAUAAAUAGAUUGUUUUAUACAUAACGACAUUCUGUAAUUUGUGAGAUUUAUGUGACAUAAAUAGUUAUUUAAAGCAAAGUAGUGUGAUAAGUUUCACAAAAAUAAAAUGGAUGAGCACGAAGACAUAAUUUCACAUAAUAUGUCUGUCGUACCAGAAGACGAUAGUUUAGCAGAUUUCAAGAGCCCAAAACAAUCCUGUAUAACAAAAGUCACUGAAUCCAGUAAUUCUCAAAGGAGAAAGACAGCUAGAAAAUUGAAGAGUUCUGCUAAAAGUCAAAAAGAGUUAAAUAAACAACGUUUAGAAAGAAAAAGAAAUUUGCAAAGUGCACAACCUUCAAUAGAGUCAUCUUUUUUUAAAUCAAAAAACAGUUCUGAUAACGAGGCAGUUUCUAAUGUAAAAGUGGCUCUUGUGUGUCCAUUAUGUUUCAAAACAUUUAAAGAUCAUGACUCUCGUGUACUGCAUAUGAAGAUUUGCGCUUUCAGAAAUAAUAUUCCUACAAAAAAGCUUUUAGAAGCUAUAGAGCUUCAAAAUCGACAAGAAGAUGAGAGAAAAUCAUUAGGUCUACUCGCUGGACCUGCUGUACAAGGAAAAAAGAAGGCAAUAAUAUCCUCUAGAAAAAUUCCAUAUGAAGAAAAUGAUUUUGAACUUGCAUUAGCAUUGUCAAAAUCGCUUCAAGAAGCAGAAGAAGUAGAUGCAAUUAAUGAAUGUGAAAUAUUACCCGAAGUAUCAGAUCCAUUUAUGACAGAUGUAACUGAAUCAGCUCAUCAAGAGAAAAAAAGAGCACAAUUGGAAAGAUUUGGAUUUGCAAAUAGCAAACCUCCAGUAGUGAAAGCUAAGAGGAGUAUGUUUACGUCUCCAAAAGAAAUACAAAUAGAAAAUAUAAAUUUAGAUUUUCCAGAUAACACAUAUAAUAUAGAACUAAAUGAAAUCAAAAAAGAUAUUUGUAGCAUUGAAAAAAUAUAUGAAGUUUCAAGCAUAGAUACAAAUGAGAACUGUAAAAACUGCCAAAAUAAGCAGUUUACUAAUACGGUAAUAGCAAAUUGGUAUUCUACAUUAAAUGAUAGCUCUGCAAGUGAUAUAAUAAUAUUUGUACAGAGUGAUAAACAUAUUUGGGCACAUAGAUUAGUUUUUUACGUACAAUGUCCGAACGUAUUACUUGAUGUUACACCGAAUAAGAGUUUGGAGUUCCCUACGAUUAAAGAAAAAGUUGAUUGGACAGACAUAUCUUACAACAUCGCUCUAGCAUUUCUGGAAUUUAUUUAUUGUGGAAUUAUUAAAAAUCAUGCACACGUUUUAGAAAACAUAACUAGUUUCACGACUUUAAGAAAUCUGGCGAGAAAAUAUAAAAUAAAAGAGUUAUUCACUUUCCUACAAAUGAAAGAUGUUGAAAUGAAAGGAGAAAAGAGUGAAGAGAACAAAGUCGAAAAAUUAAUACCAAAGGAAACAGACAAUUUAAAUUUGAGCAAUAAUAAUGUACAUAAUUUACUCCAUGAUAGUAAGGACUGUAAAUUGGAUGAAAAUGAAAAAUUCAAUAAGGAGGACUUAAAAGAACGUAUUACACAUAAAACUGAAUUUGUGACAAUAGAAUUGACGAAUGAUACAUACACAAAAGAAUUGCUGAAAGAAGGAAUAGAUUUAAGUGAAAUAAGUAUUCUUCAAAACACAAAUUUAUCUCCCGAUUUAUUCGAUGAUAGUAAUAUCAACACAAAAAGUAAUGAAAUGAAGAACAAAACAGAACAUUCCAUCGAUAAAAUAGACGUUGAAAAAAUAAAAGUAGUUGACGAGUAUAGUGUGCUGGACUCAAAUAAUCAAAAGUCUAAUCGGAAAUCCGAAGAUACUAUUACUUAUAAGAGUAUUGAAGAGAACGCAGACUUAUUGCCAAAUGUCACGUAUUUUACUACGCCGAAAAGGAGCCGUUAUUCUAACUCAGAAAGUGCAAAAAAUGAUAUUAGUAUAUUUAUCGAAAAAUGUCGAAAGGAAAAUGCGAAAUCAAUCUCGGAAUUAGACUCUGAAAUUUCAGUAACAUUAACACCUCUCAAACCAAAUAGAAAUCCGUUUCACAUAGACCAGGAUGAUUCUACAGAUGGUGUUAUUAAAGGAGCAUUAAAAAAUAAACAUGGUUUAAGUGUGUUCGACUGUCAAGAAGAUCCUGACUUAAAAGAUGUGGAAACACCAAUCGUAGAAAAUGAUAUUAAUAUGUGCAUUGAUCUCGAUGAAUCAAAAGAUGAAAUACGAUCAAAAUUGAAUAUAGAAGAGGAAAAUAAAAGCAGUUCAAUGAACGAUAGUAUAAUUAAUACCGAGAAGGAAUUUGAAGAGGGAGCAAUAUAUUCUAUAUUUAGAAAUUCACUGCACAAGAGUACACAAAGUUUAACAAAUACAGACAGUGAAGAAGAUGCUACGUGUUCAGAUUUUGAUACAACUGGAAUUGAAAUGUCUAUGUAUUCGAAAUAUAAAAAGACGCAUAAAGAUAAUAGUAUAAUAAAAUAUCGAAAUUUUGUAAAGAAGCACGUAUUACCUAGUAAUGUAAAAGAUCGUGAGCUAGAUGAGUGUAAGGAAAAUGACAAUACGGAUAGUGAUAUUUUAUCGUUAUCGGAUACAGAUACAGAAGCUGAACUUAGUAUAGUACAGGAAUACAGUCAAACAGAAACGAAAAGAUUAUCUUUUAAUUCUAAAGAAUAUGAACAAGCACCUCGACGUGACUUAUGUGAUUUUACUAAUAAAUGCCUCACAGAUAAUAAAAAUAAUCGUUCGUCUACUAAUAUUAUGUCACCGAGUAUUAUAAAAGAUUCCAUUAAAAACCCAGAUCAAAAUAAUUUAUGUACACUCAAAUACAGUAAAUCGGAAAGUAAUAUAGAUUUAGAAGUAAUGAGAAAAUGUUCGCUCAACUCAAACAUAAACGAACGUAAUUCUAGUAUAUCUCCAGUAUUAAUAUCUUCUAGCCCUGAAUUUGAUUUUGAUAAUCCGAGUACCUAUAAUUGCAAUGAAAUUAAAACGAAUGAAAGUGUAUCACGUCCUUUAAACUUUGAUGAUAUUUUUGAAAAUAGUGUAUAUUUGGCAAAUGUUCAUAUUGAUAAUUAUGAUGAUGAUAGCGAUACUUCAAUAUUUACUAAAAAAGCAGAUGAAAGAAAUGUAUGUGCUGCAGAAGUUGAUAAAAUCAGUACGUUAAGUAAAGUGAACAGUUCUGUUGUAGAAAAAUCUAAACACAACAAAAAAUCGACAACUGUAAAAGAGAGUGCUAGAAAAUUUCUGAGGAAAUCAGUUUCAGAAACGAGUGUACAGAUUAACAAAAAGAAUAAUAAAAAUUGUAUUUCCCAAGGGUAUUCUAAUUCUCAGUGUAAUUUUAAAAAAAAUGUUAAUGUGAAUAGAUCACCUGAGUUUAUUAGGGACAGUGUUACUCCUCCACCAAAUUAUAAUAAUAUGGAGACACCCAAGCUUUGUGCCGAAUUGAAUAAAUAUGGAUUGAAACCACAGAAACGAAAGAGAGCUAUACAAUUACUAUCGUAUAUAUACAAUGAGUUACAUCCCAUAGUUUCUGGAACAUCAAAAAAUGUAGAAUCUGAAUUGUCAACAAUUUUUAGUGAAGAUGAUGAACCACCGAUGAAAAAAGUAAAUCAUACAAAUAACGAUGGUGAUAACCGUCAAUUAGUACUUUCCCUCGAAAAAGAUACGCAAGAGCCAUUGUACAUAAUUGAUGAAGAGAAACAAUUUGAUGACAAUGAAUUCACUCCUAUGAUGGAUAAUGCUCUAGACAUUAAAGAUAUA